CUAAUCUCGAAAUCCCCAACGACCUCGCCACCGUCACCUCAGUCCUUCUCUUCGCCUCUUUUCGCAUCGCGCUUGCAAGAUGGGUAUCCUCGAGAUGAUUUCUGGGCCAUUGGCUCAGCAGAUUUCGCAACGUGGAACUGCUGUUGUGGUGGCUUCAGGGUUCGCCGCCUUUUUGGUCCUCGCAGUCGUGCUCAACGUCUUGAGCCAGUUGCUGUUCAAGAACCCCAAUGAACCUCCCGUGGUUUUUCACUGGUUGCCUAUUAUUGGCAGUACCGUUACAUACGGUAUCGAUCCGUAUAGAUUCUUUUCUGAGAACAGAGCGAAGUAUGGCGAUUGCUUCACGUUCAUUCUCCUCGGCAAGAAAACUACGGUAUAUCUGGGGAGAAAAGGCAACGACUUCAUUCUCAAUGGCAAGCUGAAGGAUGUCAACGCGGAAGAAAUUUAUACUGUCUUGACUACACCGGUCUUUGGAGAGGACGUAGUCUAUGACUGCCCGAACUCCAAAUUGAUGGAGCAGAAGAAAUUCAUGAAAGUUGGCCUUACUACAGACGCAUUUAAAUCCUACGUUCCCAUCAUUCAGGAUGAGGUUGAGACUUUUGUCAAACGAUCCUCAGUCUUCAAAGGCCAAAAAGGCACUGUCAACAUUUCCGAAAGCAUGGCCGAAAUCACAAUCUACACCGCCUCACAUUGUCUGCAAGGAAAGGAAGUCCGUGAUAGAUUUGAUGGAUCUUUCGCCGCGCUCUACCACGAUCUCGAUAUGGGCUUCAGCCCAAUCAACUUCGCGCUUCACUGGGCUCCUCUCCCCCACAAUCGCGCACGCGAUCAUGCUCAACGAACUGUUGCAAAGACAUACAUGGACAUUAUCAAGAGCCGUCGCGCCAACAAUGAGAAAGAGAAGCUUGAUAUCAUGUGGCAGUUGAUGCGCUCUACGUACAAGAAUGGAACUCCAGUCCCAGACAAGGAGAUCGCACACAUGAUGAUUGCAUUGCUUAUGGCUGGACAACAUUCUUCUUCUUCCUCGAGCUCCUGGAUCAUGCUCCGCCUUGCCUCUCGCCCGGAUAUCAUGGAGGAGCUAUAUCAAGAGCAAAUUGAGGUGCUCGGAGCCGACCUUCCUCCUCUAAGAUACGAGGAUCUCUCGAAACUCACGCUGCACAACAAUGUUUUGAAGGAAGUUCUUCGUCUCCACACUCCUAUUCAUUCCAUCAUGCGAAAGGUCAAAUCACCAAUGCCUAUAUCCGGUACGAAGUUUGUUAUUCCAACUACACAUACCUUGCUUGCAUCUCCAGGAUGCACAUCCCGCGAUGCAGAAUAUUUCCCAAAUCCUUUGCUUUGGGAUCCUCAUCGAUGGGAUGUUGGUUCAGGCGGCGUCAUCGGAACCGACGUUGAGGAGGAGAAGUUCGAUUACGGAUACGGACUCAUCAGCAAGGGAGCAUCGAGUCCAUAUCUUCCGUUUGGAGCAGGUAGACAUAGGUGUAUCGGUGAGCAGUUUGCUGUUGUGCAACUGUUAACGAUCACCGCCACUAUGGUGCGAAUGUUCAAACUCAGGAAUGUGGAUGGGAAGAAGGAUGUUGUGGCGACAGAUUAUUCGAGUUUGUUUUCUAGACCGCUAGCUCCUACCAUCAUCGAGUGGGAGAAAAGAGAUAAGGCAUAAUCAGGGUUGUAUGAACGUGGUGUUACGAUGUGCAUAGCUGGGCGUCUCUGGGUGAUGGGACAAAAUAAUACUUAAUACAAUGACUUUCGAAGCUUGGUUUGAGGCUUGCAAGAAUAUAGCUGAGGUCU